UGAUAACCCCAUUGCACUCACUGCAGUUGUUAAAUUGGAGCGUAACGGACCAGGAGCGAGCAGAGAGGCUGGACAAUCGCUCUUAGUGGCACGCUGAUUACCCUGGGGAGAAAUUUCGAGGCCGGCGUGCGUUCGGCUCUCUGAAGGAAAGGAGGAGAUUGCGCGGGACGGGUCAAUGUCGCUGACAACGCAAGAACCGUCAACUUCACGGGUCGACCCGGUGGCGGUGAAACGGAUAACCCCGUUCGUGAGGCCGCCUAUCAACCCAGAGCAGUUGCCUCCAGACUUCCUCGCCCUUCUGUCUUUGACCUUCGGGGUGGCUGGACUCAUGUUGAAGUCAACAUGGACAUCGUGGGCUAGUGUGUUCUGCUGCAUGUCCAGCCUAGGCAACAUCAAGGUCCACGAGGCCGACCCGAAGCAAAUCGGUUGCUCCGUUCUGUUUGCCUGUAUGGGCUUGUUCAUGAACUACUUUGGUCCGGCCAGUCGACCAAUCGUGUAGUGUUGUGCAGGUGCUUAGCUGGCUGCCAGAUCGGGUAAUGCACUCAGAGCGCAGCAGCAGCGACGAUCACUUCCUUAGGCCCUUGGCGGGGAUUCUAGUCGGAGCACCGACGAUCACAUCAUUAGGCCCUUGACGGCGAGUCGCCUCAACACGGGGCGACCAUCUUAGAAUCUCUGAAAUCUCCGAAACGAAACUUGUUCCCCACAAAUAGUUCUGUUUGGCUUUGAUUGCCCAUUGCCGCCGGAGGCGACACUGGCAUAGUGCAGAUCGAUGGCGUACUGCGGAUAGAUCGAUAGCGGUUCUUUGGUAGCACUGAAUGGCCUAGUGACUGAACGUUUCGCUUGGCGUAGAGCACACCCAUCUAUCGUUUUCCGUCGCUGGCAGCCGGUCUCCACAGCAUAUAUCCUAGGGGGCCGCUUUUUUUAUGCGCGUACAUGCAGAUUGCCGUUCGGCAGAUAGUGAAUGGACUAACCUGAAGCAGUGCAUGCCAGGAGGAUAGUAUGAGGCCUUGUUGUUAGCCGUGGAACCAACACAAUCCACAGGCGGGGUUUUGGUUCGUGUUGGAGUAAGGCGAUGGCGGUCUUGUUGGUGUCGUCGAGGAAAUGCCAGAGCACUACUUCAGUAGAUGGAAAACCGAGGCUGUAUGUAUGUACAUACUGCUGUGGCGACGCGUGAGAUGAUGUUUUGAUCAUAGUUGUCUUUAAAGCUGUUUGUGUUGUAAUGUCGUGUUUUGUGAUGUUUUUUCUGGGCCCUUUUGUUUUUUUUUGAUAUUCGAAGUUCACACCCGUUUUCGGGGCGGUGGUUGGUCUGUGGUGGCCGCGGGAGGCGUCCGCGUCAGUUGGGUCGGUACGGAUGUAACAAGGUCCUGAGCAGAGACUGGAGCGAGUGAUACCGUCAAAACAAAUGG